AUGGUGUCAGCAAAUCCAGAUUUAAUGCACAAGGUUGUGGCAUUGUGCUGGUCUAUUUGGACUUGCCGAAAUGCACUGGUAUGGAACCAAAAAGCUUGGGACUCUAGGAAUGUUUUACAUAUGGCUUCUUCUUUAUUUCUUUCCUGGAGUGAGUUUAUUAUGCAUGAGACCCAAGGCCCUGUUAAUUCUUUGCAUGCUGUCAGUGGUGAUAAUGAUCUUGGAGACUUAAUUCACAUUCAUGUUGACGCAACUGUUAAUCCCAGUGAGGAGGAUGGUUAUGUCGCUGCUGUUGUUCAUGAGGGGAAUGGCGACUACUUGGCGGCUAGAAGUUCAAAAGUCAGGUGUUUACACGACCCCCAUCUUGCCGAAGCUAUAGCGAUAAAGGAAGCUCUUUCCUGGGCUAAGGAUUGCGAUUGGCGGAAGAUCAUUAUUUUUUCGGAUUGUCAAGUGGUUUGCUCAUUAUUGAAGUCGGGUUCCCCGAAUUUAUCCUAUGCUGGUUGUGUUCUUCAAGAAUGUCUCAAUCUUAAACGACAUUUUGAUUCUGUGUCGUUCAGUUUUAUUCCUAGAUCAGCGAAUAAGUUGACUCACGCUUUAACUAGAGCUACUAAUUCUCAGUCUGGUCCUCGUUUAUGGUUUAAUUCUAUUCCUGAUUGUAUUCGACAUUUGAUUAAUGAUUAA